GAAAAUGAAAAGCGGAAUCGGAAACUACAGAAAGUAGGAAGCAAGUAGCGCAUUAAACGCGCAGGAUCUUCAACAUCAAUUUAUCAUACAAAACAUAUUGCUUCUGCUUCGUUGCUUCUGUCGGAGGACCACUUAGAUUCGGUUCUUGGAGAAUCAUGCUGCAGCAUCGGUUGCUACCGGGGUACGAGCAGCUAGGAUGUUGAACGAGCAUUGUUUGACUACAUUGUGAGUGUUGCUGAGCCCCAUUUUUGCAACAUGAGCGUGAUGUCGGAGGAUCAUUUUCCGACGCGGCGCAACGUGCUGUGGGAUCGCACAACUUCGGGAAUCGUGCGACAUCUUCCCUCCGGACCGCGGCCGGUAUUGAGCAUUCCCACAUCUGUCUCCCGCUACAUGGGCUACCGUCGCGGAUCGCUGCUGACCCAUUCGCGCACUGCGCCUGGAGUCCUGCAUCUCGCCGUGGAGCGUUACGACAAGUAAGACUGCUGACAGACACUGCACUACCUAUAAAUAUGCAUUGUCGUGACAAAUGAAGAUUCAUUUUUUUGAUCCUUUUCUCCUCCCAUUUAGACCGUUUUGGUUUUGUUGAGCGGCGCUGGGCAGUCUCGGUGUUCGACGAACCGAAGGCAACUAUUUUCUAGAUGACGCGAGAGCAGGGUACUAGAACGCACACGAAGCUAGUGUUAAAGAUUGCUAUUUUGACAGCUAUCCUAUCAACCUCCACCUGAAACUAAAAACCGAAAAUCAAAAAAUUGCAGCCUCCCCUACGCAGAAGUGAGUUCCGACAUGACGGUAAUUCACUGCUUGCCCGAGCUGGACUCGGAUCAACUGCAGGAGAUCUCCACCUAUCGCAAUACUUCCACGAUGCAGGAGAAGGGCCCGAUCCCGUGCGACAAAUUUUUCGCGCUUUCCUGCAUUGCCUUUGCGGAUCGGUACAGCUCCACGGUGCGGAUUGAGCUCCUCGCGAAAGUUCCACGCAUCCCUUUCGUGCUCAAGCCGCUUCUCUACAACGUGCCCCUACAGAGCGACAACUGCGCUCUGUCGAAGAGGUUGUUGACGACGCGACGCGGCGGGAAGAUGGAAUUCGGCUACGUCACGCUAGACAAGACACGGAAGGCCAUUCCACUCCUCGAGACCGACCCAGCAGCCUUAAAAACCCCGCUGGUCGGCGUUUGGGUCGACCUUGUCAAUGUGUAUAGCAGUGAAAGGACGACACCGGGCGGCGCCACGAGCGGAGAUGAAAUGGAGGAUCUCGCGGAAGCAAGUGGGGACAGAACAAUACCCAUCGCAGUGGACCAAGUACUUACUACGCACGAGGAGUCGUGUCGGCAUACAUUCGGCAUUCGUCAUCGUCUAUUGUCUUUCUCGUAAUUUCUCUCCACCCACUGACUAAGUAUACCCUUUACUGAAGGUGGAGAGCGUUUUGUUUAUCUUGUUUGACAAGAAGCAGGAGUGUAACAUGUACGUCAUCACCAUCUUCAACGAGCUUCAUCUGCGUAUGAUCGACUGUAGUACAACAUGAACGCUCAAAAUUGUAAUUGUUUGGAAAUUGAUGUUAUUUGCAACCUAUCACAGGUGGACCACCCGCUGAUUUGGCAGGCAUGCAUGCGGUUUGUGACGAGCCAAAAUCUCCAUAAUCGCAUCUUCAUAAGCCCGAAAACGUUUCUCUGCCUCGCUCUGUACCGAGGACCACAACUCGCGACGGAGCAAGAAGCGCUAACGCGCUCGUUCGAGGUGAACUUUUCCACGACGAUCGCCGGGGAACAUAAAAUCGACGACGGUGGAGCAGCAGCUACUAUCCAGACCACGUUGUCAAAAAACAGGGUCGUGGACUUGGAGACCUGCGGGGAGACUACCUACGCGGCGACCGUCGAGUUGGACUACGACGAGGCCGGCACGACGAACAGCAGGAAAACCGUGGAGCUACAGCUGUGCACGCCACUGCCGACAGCCGCGGCGGCGAGCAUCCGCAGUUCUUCUUCCAGACAGAAGGUCGUGCAGGAGAGCUUUGUCGACCACAACCAGUUUUUGCGGACUUCGCACAACGCGAGCUUCGAUUUCUUGCAGCGAGGGGACGUUUCCUCUUUGAUCGUGAAGGAUGAUAUUAACCCCGGCGAUCUACUUCCUGCGGAGGAGGCGGCCGGCCGGGAAAGCGGGUCAGCCUCUCCCUCGCAGCGAAGUCCAAAGACCGAGGUUUUUUGGAGCGGCGGCCGUGGUCUUGGCACAAAAACGGAGAAAAACGCCGGGCAGACUGGCCGCGCCGGGGGAACAUUCUUGGGCGCAGGAAAGACCAUGAACAACAAGCACACGGAAAAUAAUCUCUUGCUCCAAGCCACAGAUGUACUUUAAAGAUUUUUUCGUGUUUUUUUCAAGCACAUAACAAUGAACCGGUUUCGUUUAUUCACUUUUGGUAGCUAAAUACGCUGAGACAUCUCGUCCUUUUCUUCACGGGAGGUCAAGUUUUCCUUUUCGACUCGCGGGAAAUCAACCUUCUGCCACAGGACCUCGAUCACUUUGCUGCCCAGUGGAGCGCGCUGAAAAAGCAGUGUCCACCGCCUCGAAUAGGCCUCGACGAUUCGACCGUCUCGUCCUGGAGCAAAAACGAGAAGCUUUGGGGGUUCCUCCAGAAACAGCAGGACCAGCUGCUGUCCCUACAGCAGAAAGUCACAGACCUGACAUCGGCACUGGCGAAAAGUAAAAAUAUUUAUACGUACCUGACCGCAGUUUGUUUGUCUCUGUCUCCGAAAUUCAUCACCUGUGUCUUUGAUAUUCCACCGCCUUGCUCGCGAUGAUCGCAGCGGACUCCUCGAUUGUUUUCGUUGUAUGUUUUUUUUGUGAAAAGCAUGCGACGUCCUCUAGUUGUUAUGGCUUCCAGUAUAGAAGUUCACACCAAAUUCAACAUAGCAAUUUAAUACGCAAGAUAAAUCUCUUCGUCCAGCACACUAAUAAUCCAUACAGAAGCCGCUUCGACCACCGAGCAGAAGGAGUCUUCCAGCGGAGCAACAUCCAGAGGACCACGGCCAGACGACCAGGAUGCAGAGGAGCGGUCGCCGCCCGCGCAAACGAGCCACAGUGUCGCCGUGAACACGAGCAUCCAGUUUGACGGCCCCAGCACUUCGAUUCUUAGUGGUCUGAAUCUCGGCUUUGGAGCUGCUGCGACUGGCCAACAACAGAGAGCUGCUUCUGCUGCUGCGAAGAACGCGACGAGCCGAUCCGCCGCCUCUGCUGCCGAGCUGGUCCAAAGUGCCAACUACAUGCUCGAAACGGCGCCCUACUCGCACCUGUCGUCCAUCGUUGGGCCCCUGCGUACAGUGGUAGAAGAGCAGCAUCACACUCAGGGUGCCACCCGGGCGACCUCGUCAUCCAGCAGCACACGCGAACACAUCCUGCUUCGCAAAAGCCAGGAGUACCGCGACACCCUCGAGCCGGAGCAGAUCGAGCAGUUUCGCGAGGUAUUGUCGCCCGUGAACAGCAAGAACAGCACGCUCUCGUCGGGCAAGAGGAGCGUCGAAAUCGAGGUGGAGCAUCCCGGCCGGUCGCGCGAGCAGAUCGACCACCACCAGGCGCACGUGAGGUCGCGCGCACCCGACCGCGAAAUCGGGUUUCACAAAGUGAAGAAGCCGUCGCACUCGAAGGACAGCACGGACCGCAUGCCCAGCACGUCCCCAAGAUCCUCCACUGGCGUGCAUCAGGAUGAAGAAAUGUUGACGGAGACGGACCCUGAGCGAAGCGAGAACACCCGUAGGAAGACCACUAGAAACAACGGGGAGAUGAAAACACCGAACUCAGCCACUGCAUCUGCAGCUGUCACGUCCGUUUUUCACCAGCAAGCAGGAGGCUCGAGCGCGAGCACGAAUCCCGGAGCCAGUAAGCCGCAAGUGUACAUCAGCCGGAAGCAGCCUCCACCCCAGUCGGCAUCUUCACAAUUUGACGUCGUGAAGAAAGACAAAAGUGACACAGCUCAGAGAACGAAUCAGAACGACGACGAUGCUCUAAGUAUCUCGGAACUGCAAGUUUUGAAGCAGGGAUCAUCAAAUCGAAAGAACAACGUAAAGAUACAAAACGCGGCUGCUCCUGCAAGUAUUUCUAGUAGUCCAGACGCUUUUACUGACCACGGAAUAGCUGCGGACAAAUCGCCCUCUUUCCGAGACCACGACCAGGACGACCUGAAUUCCGACGCGAGCAGCGUGAUGUCGGCCGGGUGGAAGAUAUUCUGUGAAAAUUAACCAUCCCCAUCCAAUUUGUCAUGCAAAACAUGUUGUCUAUAAAAUCUGUAUUAGUCAUGCAAAAAGUGGAUGGGGAUGGUUAAUUUGCAUGGGAUAGAAGACGCUUCCGGCGACAAAUUUCGAUGGCGAACUCGACCAAUUUGCCUCCGAUGAGGAGGAAGAGGAGGAGGAUUUCUCCAUGUCUGAAAGCAUGAACGGGACCGGCUUGAAUGACCUCGCCGACAUCACCGUUACGGCACCCCUGAAGGUCUUGAACUUCCGGUAUCCGCGAAGUUCGGCGCGGAAGAGCUCGCUGGAGAAAUCCGACCGCUCGAAAUCCCCUCCUGUCCUUGGCGCGGGUGCUUUUUCUUCGGUGCGCUCGGCGCACGAAGACGGCGGGGCGCGUAAUGCGACUUCAUCUUCAAGCGCCACAACUACAGACGGUUUGAGCAACAGCAUUAUUCCGGUUUCCGCUCAGGGGGCCCUGCGCAUGAAGGCCCGCGCGCAGGACAUUCGAGCCUCGGGCUCCUCCGUACGAAGUGCAGCUGGGGCCUCUGGGCAAGUGCCGAACGACGCGGAUCCUGCUGAACUCGCGGUGACAGCAGGCAAGAAAAAUGCAAAUAAAACUGCAAAGCCGCGCAGGGCACUUGAGCCAUUGCCAAAGAUUCAGUACGAAGAGCUCUCGAGCGAGGAAGAGGACGGCGAUGACGACGGAGCGGCGGACCGAAGCAUCAGCCGACACUUCCGCGGCACUUCGUCGCUGAGAAACCAAAUUCCCUCCGCAACCAGUAGCGACGACGAGGAUGAUGCAGAGGUCAACGCCAUUCUUGCCAAGUAUACAAGCAGGCUGAAGUAGCAACAAGAAGAGGGACAAUCGUCAAUCGGGCUGCUGUCGUCGAAAAGGCAAUGAUAAAUGUCAGUGGUAGAUUAAGUAUGUUGUAUGUAGUUAAUGUUUACGAAUACGACUACGCCGCCCCCGCCGGCAGAAACUGGUGGUGGUGCAGCUUCAAACACAGCGGCGCGAGUCGUGUUGCACAAAGACAAAGAUCAUGCGCUGUUCAUGCACAUGAAUUUCAUGUCCUGCGAUUUCCGGUGUCAUGGCAAGUGCCAACGCGACGCAGCGAGCGUUAACCGACCACGACGAGGAUUCGAUAUAGCAAUGCUGAAACAAAUACAAACGAUAGCUCACCCAUCGUGCUCCGACAUUAAGCACAGUCCAAUAUAUUAUAAAAAGUAAGUUAGCUAUCACGUCAAAAAUGAGAAAACCUUUGAUCUAGCAAGCUAUAUGGAUCUGUCC